AUGGCUGACAGACAACCCCAUUUAAACAGCAACUUCUACGGCCCCGCCGUGCCUCCUCCGUCAAAAUCUCGCCGUGGCCGCCGUCUUCUAUGCACCAUUUUGAUGGUCGCAAUUGGGUUCAUUGUAGCGGUUGGUAUUCUAUUAUUGAUAUUAGGGCUUAUAUACAGUCCACACAAGUUGGAGUUCAAUGUGAGCAGUGCUAGACUCACCCAAUUCAACCUCACAACAGGAUCCAAUCAACUCCGUUACACAUUGGCUCUUAACGUCACCAUCCGAAACCCCAACAAACGCUACCGUGUUUACUAUGACGCCAACGAAAUGGCCAUUCUUUAUAAAAACCAAAGGCUUGAAACUCACUGGCUUCCCCUGUUCUUCCAAGAAUCCAAAUCCACCGUGGUUGUCGGCCCCAACAACUUCGACGGUCAGAAGCUCAUGUUUCUCAACAGUGAUGAACAUGUCGAGUUCAAUGCCGAGAAAGCUAAUGGCAUAUAUUCAAUUGAUGUAAAGUUCUUUUUCCGGUUAAGGAUGAAGUCCGGUCAGGUGGUGUUGAAAUUCAAGCCUAAGGUGUAUUGUGGAUUGAAGGUUCCAUUGGGUAGUGACAUCGACCCUAACAUGAUCUCUUUAUUUUCCAACACUGCUUGUGAUUUCAGUUUCUGA